AUGCAGUCUCCGGGUGGAACCCAGCUCUGGUGCCCCGGCCAGUCCCUGUGGAGCCUGAUCACUGAGCAUGUUCCUGGGUCAGAGCUGCCAAAGAUCCACACAGCACUUGGCCCCUCUCUGGUUGACAUGUACACAGAGGUUCACACCGAGGCGGAGAUGUGGCAUAAGAUGUGGCAAGAGAGCCAGCAGGGAAACACCAGCAGCAGAGCAGGAACCCCGAUCCCACGUCAGCAGGCCUCCCCUCUAGCCGACCCCCCUGCAGUCAAAGAGCUGGUGAGGGCCGAGGUCAAGAUGCUUCUACAGACCCUCAGCGAGAGAGCCAGCAGGGAGGGAAGAGUUGCUGAGGAGCUCUUGUUUCGGUACAAACCUGAGACAGUGGACUACGCCCUGAACUACCUUGACAGCUUUCACAGGAACUGUACCAACCCUGGAGAUACUGACAAUGGAAGCAGACCGAGCUCUCGCUGUUCUGUCCAGUCCAACGCUGAAGAUGAGAUUGAAGGAAUGAGAGACAAGCUGAAUGUCACUCACAUUGACCAGGUGGUGGACCGACUCAGGUAA